AUGUUCAACCCACAUCUUCGUCCAGAGAUAUUGGCCAUUCGGUUCAAUGGAUAUGGUGGUAUGCGUGGGCAUUACUUUGUUCGAUCAUCGACCAGUUCAUUCCAGUCGAAGCAGGCGGCCGCUUCUGUACUGCCACAGCCCAUCCAACCAGUGUUCUAUGGCAUCUCGAGCAUGACACUCCAAUUUCCGGUCAUAAUUCCGUUCGGCUACUUUCAGCCCAGUCCGGCCAAGAGAUUUGUGUCAUUAAUACAAGCCCCGGGAGUUUCUGGCUCGACUAACAUCGAUGAUGUAUUUGGCGAACUGAAGCCUAUUCAACCUGACCAGUUGAUCGGAGAAUGGGAUGGGUUUGUCCUAUCUGAGGGACACCCAUUCGAAACCGAACUGGACGAGCUGAAUUGGGCAGGAAAUACAUUUGAUUCUACUGAAGAUGUUGCCCCUCUCAUCAUUUCGAAAAAUGGAGAGCGAGUGCGAUUUGAAGACUGGGGGAAGGCAUCGUUGCGUGAAAUGAAAUAUCGUGGUGUUGUGUCUGCUGCUUUGGUCUAUGACGAGCGACCAGUGAUUGUGUAUUAUCGGACAGUACAAGCAAAUCUAGUGGCUGGAGUCAUGGAGAGCAAGAAUUGGGGUCAGAAGUUCUAUUUCUACCUGAAGAAGUAA